GGGGCUGCGAGGGGAGUUGCUCGGGAGAAGGGAGGGAGGUGUGGCCGAGCGGCGGACUCUCCGCUUUCGUUACGUUAGGGUUCAUGGCCGGGGGAGACGGCGGGAGAGGAGGGCGAGGAGGUGACAGUCAGACCCGAAGUGAAACGUGGCGCCCUCGCCCCUAGCGGAGGGGCAGCAGGGCUGGGCAGGGCUGCCGAGCCCCCCGGGCCGUCCUCGCGAGCCGGGGGACGCUGGACCCGGGUCCCCGCGGAGCAGUACGCGCGAACCGCGCCCAGAUGCGGCGCUUGCAUCCCGGCCCCGUGGCCGGAUGGCCGGCGUAGAAGCAUCCCGGGUGCGGGAGCUGCGAGUAGCCCAUCCCGCGCCCAUCCUUUCCCCGUCCCUUCGUGGGUCACUGCGCCCUCCCGGUCCCGUCCCCUGAGCGCGCUCCCCCGCGGCUCCGCACACCCUCGGCCCCUCCGGCCGCCUCCCUAGACGGCUGCGGGAGAGCAGCCCGGGAGGGACGCGGCUGGAGUCGCUAGAGGGAGGUGUGGGGCCGGCGAGGAGGGGGCUUCGCGGGGCGGGGGAGAGGCGGGAGGAGGCGCCGGGGAGGAGCCGCCAGCUUCGCCCGAGCCGAGCGCACUCCGUUGCCGCGCGGGUUCCCAGCCUUGCGGGGCCCCGUGGGGAGCGCGGGUCAGCAGCGCCGCCUCCUCCCGCAGGAGCAGCGGGCCGGGGGCGUUCGCUCUCAGCCGCCGCCGCCCCGGGCCCUGCGCUGCGCUCUCCGUGCAGCCUCGCUGUCCGCUGCAGCCCACCGUGCCGGGUCCCCGGGCUCCAUCUGGAGCGCACAGCCCCGCGGUCGCGGCGGGAGGAGGAGGAGGAGGAGGGAGGAGGAGAAGGAGGAGGGAUCGCGGCGCGGGCUGGUCUGGCCACCUCGCCCCGCGCCCCGCCCCUGCGCGCACUCCCUCGCCGGAGAGCUACUUUCGGACCAGGAAAGUGAGGGCGGCCCCGGGUGACAGCGCGGCGGCGCCAGUCCCGGGAAGCCGCGUCUGUUCGCGUGUCGCCCGUCGCGCUCCCAGCGGCGCACUGUCCGGACCCGGCCAUGGCUUCUACCACCACCUGCACCCGGUUCACCGACGAGUAUCAGCUCUUCGAGGAGCUGGGAAAGGGGGCAUUCUCAGUGGUGAGAAGAUGUAUGAAAAUCCCCACUGGACAAGAGUAUGCUGCCAAAAUCAUCAACACCAAAAAGCUUUCUGCUAGGGAUCACCAGAAACUGGAAAGGGAAGCUAGAAUCUGCCGUCUCUUGAAGCACCCCAAUAUUGUGAGACUUCAUGACAGUAUAUCAGAGGAGGGCUUCCAUUACUUGGUGUUUGACUUAGUUACUGGAGGUGAAUUGUUUGAAGACAUAGUGGCAAGAGAAUAUUAUAGUGAGGCUGACGCCAGUCAUUGUAUACAACAGAUUCUAGAGAGUGUAAAUCAUUGUCACCUAAAUGGCAUAGUUCACAGGGACCUGAAGCCUGAGAAUUUGCUUUUAGCUAGCAAAUCCAAAGGAGCAGCUGUGAAACUGGCAGACUUUGGCUUAGCCAUAGAAGUUCAAGGCGAUCAGCAGGCGUGGUUUGGUUUUGCUGGCACACCUGGGUAUCUUUCUCCAGAAGUCCUACGUAAAGAUCCUUAUGGAAAACCAGUGGAUAUGUGGGCGUGUGGUGUCAUCCUCUACAUCUUGCUGGUGGGCUACCCGCCCUUCUGGGAUGAAGACCAGCACAGACUCUAUCAGCAGAUCAAGGCUGGAGCUUAUGAUUUUCCAUCACCAGAAUGGGACACGGUGACACCUGAAGCCAAAGACCUCAUCAACAAAAUGCUUACCAUCAACCCUGCCAAACGCAUCACAGCCUCUGAGGCACUGAAACACCCAUGGAUCUGUCAACGCUCUACUGUUGCUUCCAUGAUGCACAGACAGGAGACUGUAGACUGCCUGAAGAAAUUUAAUGCUAGACGGAAAUUGAAGGGCGCCAUCUUGACAACUAUGCUGGCUACGAGAAAUUUUUCAGCAGCCAAGAGUUUGUUGAAGAAGCCAGAUGGAGUGAAGAUAAACAACAAAGCCAACGUGGUAACCAGCCCCAAAGAAAAUAUUCCUACCCCGGCGCUGGAGCCCCAAACUACUGUAAUCCACAACCCUGACGGAAUCAAGGAGUCCACUGAGAGCUCAAACACCACUAUUGAGGAUGAAGACGUGAAAGCACGAAAGCAGGAGAUCAUCAAAGUUACUGAGCAACUGAUUGAAGCUAUCAACAAUGGGGACUUCGAGGCCUACACAAAAAUCUGUGAUCCAGGCCUCACUGCCUUUGAACCUGAAGCUUUGGGCAACUUAGUGGAAGGGAUGGACUUUCACAGAUUCUACUUUGAAAAUGCUUUGUCCAAAAGCAAUAAACCAAUCCACACCAUCAUCCUGAACCCCCACGUGCACCUGGUGGGGGAUGACGCCGCCUGCAUAGCCUACAUUCGGCUCACGCAGUACAUGGACACAAGCGGAAUGCCGAAGACGAUGCAGUCGGAAGAGACUCGGGUGUGGCACCGCCGCGAUGGGAAGUGGCAGAAUGUGCACUUCCAUCGUUCGGGGUCACCAACAGUACCCAUCAAGCCACCCUGUAUUCCAAAUGGGAAAGAAAACUUCUCAGGAAGCACCUCUUUGUGGCAAAACAUCUGAAAACCAUUCACAUUUGGGUCUUCUAAUUGUCAACAGUGCCACUUCUUCACUGUUUCCAAGGCACCUGGAGGGUAAUCCUGGGACGUCCUCUCCUCCUCUUCAUGCAUGUUUCUGAGUGCAUGAAGCUGUGAAGGUUCUACGUGUAAUGCAUAUGUGACAUGUCAUCUUAUCAUAUAUUCCUUCCUGUACAUUGUUUACACUCCGGCUACUGGAUGGGAUGUUCCAUGCAAGCUUCAGUUACUGCUGGCAAACUGUAGAUGGAGGUCAGACGAGAAAAUUCCACAAUAUUCCCAGUUCGACUGACCCGUCAGGUUUCCCUGUUUAUGCCAAGAUUUAAAAGACAAUUAAAAUCAUUGUUCUCUGAAUGACAGUUGGUAAGAGAAAAGUAAAUCUUUUUUAGAAUGCUGCCAUUAAUCUGUUUGGGCUUUUUGUUGAGAUUUUGGUUUUGAUUUGUUUUUGUUUUUAAGGGUACAUACAUAUAUACAUGUAUAUAUGUGCAUAUAUGUAUGUAUGUAUGUAUACCUUCAGCUCCUGGUGUGAUCCUGGUAGAAAUGGGUGUCGUUUCUCUGAAAGUGUUGUAUUGGAUAAGUGGAUAUUUAUGCGGGCAAACGCCUGUGUGAUUGUAGGAGCAAGAGUCAGUUGCUGUUCUACCGUCAAAGCCAUAUUGAUUUGAAUCACACUGUAUACUGGGAAAAAAUUCACGUCAUUUACUAGUUUGAUUUCUUUCAGAUAGGCACAGUUCUGGUGAACGCUUGGCAUAGAUUUUGUUUUUUUCUUUCUCGAAUCUGUGUUCUGUUUUUACUGUAUACUAUCUGUUUGCCCUUUUGUUUGUUUAUUUUUCCUGUUUUAGUUCUCUCUCGUCUCUCUCUCUCUUUUUCUGUUUGCCUGUUUAUCCUUCUUUCUGUAGCUAGUAGUGUGUAAAAACAGUAAAAUUUACAUAUGAAGGUAAAAUAAAAGUCAAGGUCUUUUGGAGGAAGCUAAAGGCAACAUUUCCAGUUUCUUCAGGGCCCAUGGAGCUGCUAGAAGAUUUUAAAUAAAGGUUUUUAAAUUGGCUUAGGCUACCCCUUAUGCGUAGGUAUCCUAGCCAUGUUGGAAGUUUUUAAAUUGAGACUUGUGCUAACAACAGUAAGAGCCUACUAAGAAUCACCAACUAGAGAAGUUGCCUGAAGACCACAGUGGAGGGUGAUCAGCGUUGUAUGCCCUUAUUUGACCUUGUGGGAUGUGAGAGCCUUUCCUGCCUCACUUUCACUAGCUAGUCCACAUGAGGUAUCUUCUCCAUCCUCACAGUGUUUGAACUUGAUCUUUGUAAUUUGUGCAGUUCUAGCUUCUCUCUUGAGUCACAAUAGCAUCUUCUUGCCAGGGGUUAGGGUUUAUCCAGCUUAAAGCAACGAAGAAAAGGAAAUGCCCCAGUUUUCUUUGCAGUUCUCAUUUCUUCUUUGUUGAUGCAGUCCUGUGAGGCUGCUUUUCUGUGUUGAACUGCUUUAUGGUGCAUGGACUCUCCAUCAGCGUUACUUCAACCAUAGCUACUCAGUCUUUAGACGCCUAUUUUUAAAGCAGAAGCGAAAAGACAAAUAGCCCUCACUCCCCCUCUUUUUCCUAAUUUCACCUUUUGGUGUUGAUUGCUAAUCACUUUAGAUAUUGUUGCUAGUGAAUGUAUGGUAGAUGGGUUGAAGCUUUUCUGAUAACUAUCACAUGAUUUAAAACAAUAUAUAUUUAAAAAUGAAUAUAUACAGUAAAUGUAUUGAGCCGUGUUAUCCUGCCAAUGAGAUCUGUGAAAAACGUUAAUGGCCUCACUUUUCCCUUUUUAAGUUCUUUUCCCUUUCUGUGGAGCAACUCUGCGUGGCAUACAUAUAUUUAAAAACACAAAUAGUGGUAGACUGUUUUUUUUUCUCCUUUUUUUUUUUUUUUUACACUUUUAACUUAGCAUGUGGUGUUGAAGUAUUACCAUAGAUCCAGUUUGUCUUCUGCACUAAGGUGUGAGGAAAUCGUGAUUUGUUCUCUCCAGCACAAUGGAAUUACACAUUCAUCCUCUGCUAUUGUUUUGAAAACACUGCAGUUUACCAUGGGACACUGUAUAUAUUUCUUGCCAUAAUGGUAAAUGACUGAUUGAUAUAUUUAAGAGUUAAUAAAUUUGUGAUUUCUGCUGA